UGUACAAACUGAGGCCCAAGAAAACGACUUCCCUGCAAAGAUGAAGUACGCAACGUCGCCUACUCCGUCACGUAGCAAUAGCUCACUGCUGGGGAUGGCUUCCCGAACGGCAUCUCCGCUGCCCGCUCCGGCCAACUAUCGAGAUUGCAUGAGCGCCACCACCAAAAGCUACAAAUAUCUACGACGGUUCAUCAAAUUUGACCAAAUGGAUUUCGAGUACGCGAUGUGGCAGAUGGUUUACCUUUUCAUAGCACCGAAGAAAGUGUACCGCAACUUUAAUUAUCGUAAACAAACCAAAUCACAAUUUGCUCGCGACGAUCCAGCCUUCCUGGUGUUACUUGUUGGAUGUUUAUGUGUAACAUCGAUAGGAUUCGCGUGGGUGUUAAGCUUAGGAUUCGUACAGACGGUUCUCUUCACCCUGUACGUCGUGUUCGUUGACUGCAUAUUCUGCGGCAUGAUCGUGGCCACCUUCCUAUGGUUCAUAGCGAAUCGCUAUUUCCGUGACCGGAACAGUGACUUCGACAUGGAGUGGGGCUAUGCAUUCGAUGUGCACUUGAAUGCAUUUUUCCCACCCCUAAUAUUGCUGCACUUCAUACAACUUUUCUUCUACCAUCCCUUGAUCAGUAGGGAUUGGUUUGUAUCGACUUUUAUCGGCAACACCAUUUGGCUGUUGGCACUGGCAUAUUAUAUUUACAUCACGUUCCUGGGAUACAAUGUGGUUCCAGCUCUGAAGAAUACCCGAAUAAUUCUCGUUACGCUACCGCUUCUGGUUUUGUUCUACAUUAUGACCCUAAUCAUUGGAUGGAAUUUAAGCGUUUCACUAAUGUACUAUUAUCACUAUCGAGUACUAUAGAAAGUGUCCGAGAAAGGCUGUUAUGUACUGAAAUGAUGUAAAAAUAAAACAACAAAACACUAUGUAUUCUCCAAGGAAAG